CAACAUACAUAUGAGGGACUCAGAUUCCAGGGGUGUGGCUUGGCCUUUCGAUUUCCCCUUUGAAUGCGCCUGUCAGCCACUGACCCUUGUAACGUGGCGCAGUACAAGCCUUGGGCGCUUAGAGAUCGGCCUGAACCUGCGUGGGUCUCAUCAUGCCGCUUAAUGCACCCACUACUUCUUGCAUCGGUGCUUUGCUUGCAUAUUCGCCUGUCAUUUCCCUCAUGGCCUUGCAGUUCGAAACCAAUGGGCUCUACAUUCUUCUGUCAGACCGUGGAGCGGAGUCGACCUUCCACUGGGGUCUUUACCUUGCGAAGACCCCCACCUCCGGUGACAUUUUCGAGAUCGUUAACUCCCCGAACCCAAAGGUGUGGACAUUCGAACCCAAGCCAAACCAGGAUGUGAACACGUCCAGGCGAUAUGUUCUGGCGUUGAAAAUCGGUGACUUGGACCCGGCACUGCACGGCCCGUUGGAAAUCCGCCUUUCACAGGUCCCAAUGGAGUACUCGACACGCUUCCAUGAAUCCAUUACUUGUCGUGUCUGGGUCAAGGAGGCCCUGUUUGCGUUGGAUGACGAAGGCUACAUCAAACUUAUCGAGACCGUCAAUGGCAUUGAGACUGAAGCCAGGUAUGCGGCCAUGCUCAACAAAGCAAACGGGAAGAGAACAAUUGCCAAGAGCCGUGGCAGCAUUUUCUGACGGCAUGGUGGUGCUAAUCUCCGGUUCUCCUCUUGGUUAUCCGCUUUUUACUCGGCGGAAUAUGCUUGUAUCUCUCUACAAUCUCUUCAACGGGUCGGGAUUUGUUCCAUUGGAUGUUUCUUGAGACGCCGUGCAAGGUACUCC